AUGGAUUUAAGAGGAUUGAAAACAUACCGAACACCACCAACACCGUCAGAACCACCAACACCACCGCUACCAACGACUACAGUAGUUCAACUUACUGCAAAAACGUAUAGGGCAAUAGUGAACGAGUCUAUACCUAUUACAUGUCCACAGAAUCAUAUAGUACGAAAAAGAAUGUCACAUUCAGCAGAUAGCUUACAAAGCAUGCUGAUAGAAAAAGGAGGAGUAUUCGUUCCAGAACUCAUGGCGACGGAAGAUGAUUCUGCAAGAAAAUUUAAAAACUUGCUCAACUUGGGGUCAUUUGUGGAUGAAGAGGACAUAGACAAUCAUUUCGAAAGUGUAAAAUCUCCUCUUUAUAAAGAUAAACUUGAAGACGAUUUACGGAAGUGGAAUCACGUGGUUUAUUCCAUAAAAAGUGCAAAUAAUUCAAAUAGUGCUAAUACAACUUUACUCGAAUCUACAAGUGACAUUGUUCAUAAUAAUAUUAAUACAACCAUCACAGAUAUGGAGAUUCAUACAACAGAGAGUUCUCACUCAGCAAUUCAUCAUACAAUUUCAGAUUUUCUCGUACAAAAUGGCAUAACAUUACAACAAUUGUUGGACUACGUCAGAUCUAUGAAAAUUUCCACGAAUCCAAAAAUUUUGAUGUCUUUACAACAACACAAAUACAAAAGAAAGAAAAGAAACUCACAAGGUUCAACAUCUGUACAACAAUAUUGUGUAAAGAAAGGUGCUCCUGUUAAGAACAGUUUAUUAAGCCUUUGUUCUGAAUGUGCUGUUACAACUUUACUACCAUCAGAUCGGUAUCCUAGGAAACUUAACGAGGCUGUGUGUGUUGACACUGAUCUGACAUGUCUUAGCUUUAGUGGAAGGCCACAAGGUGCAUGCAUUCCCGGUAUAAUUAAUUUAACAUUUUUACGACGUCGUCCCGGAUCUUGUCGGAUGAUGAUUAGGACGGGAGCAGUAGUUGACUUGGAUGAAUGGGAACCUUACACACAGAGAGUUAGAACUGGUUGUCAUUGUGCCAUUGAUAAGCGUUCUUAUAUAAUACCGCGCAUGGACGGUUUCCCUCCUGUUGUAGGAUAAAGUGCAAGCUGAGUUAUACCUAGCUGGUUUGUCAUUGUGCCAUUGAUAAGCGUUCUUUUAUAAUACGGCACAUAGACGGUUUAGCUCCUAUUAUUGGAUAAAGUGCAAGCUAUUGUAUAAAUUCUUGAUUUGGUUUUUUAUCUAUGUUGGUUUUGUGACGUUGAAUAAAAAAAUUAAAGCAAUUAUGAUGUUCAUAUUAAUUUUAAGAAAAAAACACAUAACUGACAAUGUUUUACACUAUUGAACCUGUGCAUCAGUGAUGACUGAUACCAUGAAAUAAUUACUGGACGAUCUGGUGAAAUAACAAAAUUGUAAAAUUUAAAGCUAAAUCUACCUUGUUGAAAGAUUUAACGUAGUAUCACUAAUAAGAACAUAUCAUAUGACAUACAAACUUU